AUGGCUUCCACCACCAAAGACUCAGAUUUGGCAUAUUUGGAACACAUUCAACAAUACCUUCUUUUUGAUGAUUCCAACCUUCUAACAUCUUAUCAACCUUUUUCAAGUCCUAAAUGUGAUAGCGAUUCAGGCACAUCUGUUGGGACGGAUAAGGUAAGCGCACCUCCGGUGUCAUGGAAGCGGUACAAGGGAGUGAGACGUAGGCCAUGGGGGAAGUUCGCCGCAGAGAUCAGAGAUCCUAAAAAGAAUGGUGCUAGGGUUUGGCUUGGAACUUAUUUGACUGAGGAGGAAGCAGCUUUGGCUUACGACAAAGCUGCUUUCAAGAUGCGUGGCCAAAAGGCUAAGGUUAAUUUUCCCCACCUCAUUGGCAACGACGUGUCUACGUCGAUGCCAGAGAGGGAGGUGGUUUUAAAACGAGACUCGCCCGAACCUUCUUCGUCGGAGGGGAGUUGUGAGUCAUCGUCACCCGGGUCGAAGAAGAGGAAGGGCAUGGCUGAUCUACUUAACAAAUUGGCUAAGAGUAGAUGUCAAGCCGCCAUGGUGGUUGAGAAUGAAAAGACCUUACAACCAAAUGAUUAUGAGGAAUGGGUGAAUGAGUUGAAUGAUUGCACUCUAAUCUUGAGCUCCUAG